CGCAUGCUCCAAUUUCCGGGAAAGUGGGAAUAUGAUUAGUAGGCGAAAAAACAAAUAACAACAAAGAAACACAAAGGCUAGUAAAGACUUCUUUAACCACGGAAUUCGCUGGCGAUUAAUUAUUCGCGAUUUCCGUUCGUUUUAGAAGGCUACACUUCAACUUUCAAACCGUGGUUGUCUUCUCAUCAUGCCCUGGUCAGCAACGCAGCAACGAAGGCUCGGUUUCGAGAAAGAAUUACUGGAGAAGUACUUCCGUAAUAGGGUUUCUUGGAUCAAUCCAACUGGGGACACAAGGGUUGAAGUCAGAGUAACUUGCACCAACGACAAACAGUACACACUCAGAGUGUAUCUUCCUUCAGACUACCCGAAUUCUUGUCCACAGAUGGUUGUGAGUUCUCCCUCGUCUUGUUUACGAAGGAAAAAUGGAUCGUUGCUGAGUGGUAUGAGCGGAGCAGAUCAUGUAUUGGGAAGCCGAGAUGGUUGUACUCAGAUCUGCCAUUACAAUUCAGCUUUGUGGCGUGAUGACAACACACUAUACCAGGUUAUCAUGAAAGGAUUGAUUUGGCUGGAAGCUUACGAAGCACAUCUUCGUACAGGAGAGUCACUGAGUAGAUACUUGCAAGAAAUGUAAACAUUGAUCAGGACUGAAUUGUUGAGUACUCACAGAAGCAAACAUAGAGAUUGUAAACUUUCGUCGUCUUCAGAUACCUAGGAUACUAUGAAAGUUCGAUAUUAGACAAAAAUAAGGCCGUAUGCUGUCGAGGAUAAGAACUCGAUCAUAUCAGCGAGAGUCAGACAACGCACCCAGUUUAUAGUGAUAGUGCUCUACAUGUAUUUCUUGCUACAGUGCCAUUUGAAUAGAGUCAAAGUGCAAUGUAAAUUCAUUGCUUACGGGUCGCCUCAGCUGUUCUCACUGUUAAGAGGUUGUAGCUUCGACAUCUGGCGAUGAAAAUGUAGUGUAUUAGCAAUUACAGUAUUCGAAUGAAUGGU